GGUUCGUCACAGUGAGAAAGAGAGAGAGAGAGAGAGAAUGAAGGAAAUUCAAUCGGAUCGAAUACAAUUUUGACGUCCGCAAGGACAGGCACGCAGGCACACAGACACACACUCUCUUUCUCGCUCUAAAACUGUCUUUCUCUCUCUAGAAGAGUACAGCGAGGAACAGGGAUUUGUACUGAGCAGAAGAGACUGAGAUGAAACCCUAAAGAAAAAGCUUUGAACUCGUUUUUUUCUCAGCACUACAAUUCGAAGCCAAAGUAAUCCAAGAAAUAUCCGUAUAUGUGUGUGUGAAAGAAGGAAGAGUUCGAAUUUGGUGUGGUCUCGGGAUUUUGUGUGACUGGGUCUUGAAGAAUUUGUGCGCUGUUCAAAUUCCAACUUCGCUGUUGGCUGACAGUGUGAGCAAUUUGAGAUUUGGAAUCUGGGUUUGGGAGUAAAUUUCUGAUUGUCAAUUGCUUGGUUUCUUGCACAAUGGUCGAAGCUAUAGUAGAUCUAAAAAUUCGCAUAAUAUACAGAGAUUCAUGCGGAAACGGCUCGGAGAUUGGUGGUUUUGCAGAGACACUACACUUCUAGAAUGUUCAGAAUUGAUGCCCGUUCCUUCGUUUCGGCUUAUAUCGGUAUUUGGCUUGCCUUUGGAAGAAGUCAACACGAUAUGCACAGGAACCAAGCUUGUCCAUUUCUAUUGGUGCACAAUGAGGGCUUUCAGGCCUGUGGCCUUGGAUGUGGGGUUGAAGUGCUAUCUGGAUUGACCUAUUUGUCUGGUUUUUCACGUCUUAUUGUGUAACUGUAGUUUGUUCAAUUCUUGUUGUUUUAGAUAGUUGUAGUACUUCUGUGAGCGUUUGUAGAUUGUGCUUUUGGAAGAUGGUACCUUCGGGGCCACCCACUCCGAUCGGUGGCACCCAGUCCGUUACACCUUCACUCUUGCGAUCUAAUUCUGGAAUGUUGGGAGCUCAAGGGGGUCCCAUGCCUUCCCAGACGGCUUUUCCUUCGCUUAUGUCGCCCCGUACUCACUUUAAUAGCAUGAAUAUGCUUGGAAGCGUGCCCAAUGUUUCGUCUCUUCUUAAUCAGUCAUUUGGAAAUGGAGCUCCAAAUUCUGGACUUUCUGGUCCUGGGAGUAGCCAGCGUGGAGGUAUUGAUACUGGGGCUGAGUCAGAUCCACUUUCUAAUGUUGGCAAUGGUAUGGGUUUUAAUACUCCUUCAUCUUCAUUUGUAGCUUCAAACAUGGUGAACCCUGGUUCAUCCGGUCAAGGUCAGGGUCAGCAAUUCUCGAACCCUUCUGGUAACCAGCUAUUAUCAGAUCAACAGCAGUCCCAGCAACUUGAAUCCCAGAAUUUCCAACAUGGUCAGCAGCCAAUGCAACAGUUCUCUACUCCUCACAGUGCUCAGCAGCAGCAACAGCAAUUUCGAGGAGGCUUAGGUGGUGUUGGACCUGUAAAGUUGGAGCCACAAGUGACAAAUGAUCAGCAUGGACAACAGCAGCAGCAACAGCAGCAGUUGCAGUCAUUGAGAAAUCUUGGUCCAGUGAAGCUAGAACCGCAACAACUUCAAUCGAUGAGAAGUCUAGUACCAGUAAAAAUGGAACCUCAAAAUUCUGAUCAGUCAUUAUUUCUGCAACAACAGCAGCAGCAACAACAGCAGCAGCAACAACAACAAUUCCUCCACAUGUCGAGGCAGUCCUCUCAGGCUACCGCUGCCCAGAUCAAUCUUUUGCAACAACAAAGAUUCUUGCAACUUCAGCAGCAACACCAGCAACAGCAACUCUUGAAGGCUAUGCCUCAGCAGCGGUCACAAUUGCCGCAGCAGUUUCAACAGCAGAGUUUGCCUUUGAGGCCUCCUGUAAAAUCAGCCUAUGAACCUGGGAUGUGUGCUCGGCGUCUCACACAUUACAUGUAUCAGCAGCAACACAGACCUGAAGACAACAAUAUUGAAUUCUGGAGGAAAUUUGUUGCUGAGUACUUUGCUCCCAAUGCCAGAAAGAAGUGGUGUGUUUCUAUGUAUGGAAGUGGCCGGCAAACAACUGGAGUUUUUCCUCAGGAUGUGUGGCACUGUGAAAUAUGCAAUCGCAAGCCUGGCCGUGGUUUUGAAGCAACCGUCGAGGUUCUUCCCAGGCUUUUCAAAAUCAAGUAUGAAAGUGGUACUUUGGAAGAACUUCUCUAUGUUGAUAUGCCCCGUGAAUAUCAUAAUUCAUCUGGUCAAAUUGUCCUGGACUAUGCAAAAGCAAUACAGGAAAGUGUUUUUGAGCAACUUCGUGUUGUUCGUGACGGUCAACUUCGGAUAGUUUUCUCUCCAGACUUAAAGAUAUGCUCUUGGGAAUUCUGUGCUCGGCGCCAUGAAGAGCUCAUCCCUCGAAGAUUGUUGAUACCUCAGGUUAGUCAGCUUGGAGCUGCGGCUCAAAAAUACCAGGCCGCUACUCAAAAUGCAUCAUCCAAUUUGUCUGUUCCAGAGUUGCAAAAUAAUUGUAAUAUGUUUGUAGCAUCGGCUCGACAAUUAGCAAAAGCCUUGGAAGUGCCAUUGGUAAAUGAUUUAGGAUAUACAAAGAGAUAUGUUCGAUGCCUUCAGAUAUCAGAAGUGGUUAAUAGUAUGAAAGACUUGAUUGAUUAUAGCCGAGAAACAAGGAUGGGACCUAUGGAAAGCUUGGCCAAGUUUCCUAGGAGGACAAGUACUUCAUCUGGGUUUCACGGUCAGUCCCAACAGCCCGAGGAUCAGUUACAACAGCAGCAAACAAUGGCUCAGAACUCAAACAGUGAUCACAGCUCUGUCCACGCUGCCACUAUGCAACUUGCUGUUAGCAAUGGUGUGCCUAGUGUAAAUAAUUCUCUCAACACAGCAUCCACGUCAACCUCAGCGAGCACGAUUGUUGGGCUUCUCCAUCAAAACUCCAUGAACUCCAGACAGCAAAAUUCUAUGAACAAUGCAAGCAGUCCUUAUGGAGGAAGUUCUGUUCAGAUUCCUUCCCCUGGUUCCUCUAGUACUAUCCCGCAGGCUCAACCCAACCCUUCCCCAUUCCAAUCACCGACACCCUCCUCGUCUAACAAUCCCCCGCAAACGUCUCAUGGUGCCUUAACAGCUGCCAAUCACAUGAGCACCUCGAAUUCACCUGCAAAUAUGUCAUUGCAACAGCCAGCACUUUCCAGUGAGGCUGACCCAAGUGAUUCACAUAGCUCUGUCCAGAAAAUCUUACAGGAGAUGAUGAUGUCGAACCAACUUGGUUCUCUGGGGAAUGACGUGAAAAAUGUUAAUGGGAUAUUGCCGACAAGCAACAACGCAGGUCUCAAUAGUGGCAACUGCCUGGUGGGGAAUGGGACAGUAAACAGUAAUUCAGGUAUGGGGGGUGCUGGAUAUGCUACUAUGGGUGGACUUGGUCAGUCUGCCAUGGUUAAUGGAAUGAGAGCAGCAAUGGGAAAUAACUCCAUGAUGAAUGGAAGGGUCGGAAUGGCGUCAAUGGCUCGAGACCAAAGUAUGAAUCAUCAACAACAGGAUUUAGGAAACCAGCUGCUUAGUGGUCUAGGAGCAGUUAAUGGAUUUAAUAAUCUUCAGUUUGAUUGGAAACCAUCCCCAUGAAAGGCUCUGUUGAUCACACUGAUGUUCCUGUUCUUGAUUGUAGCUGCUUGUGCAGCAUGAGGAAAUGGCAGAAUUGCCUGCGGCCCUGUGUAGAUGGGUUGCAUACGUUGAAAUUUUUACAGGGCUUUGCUCCCACUUUGUACUAGUCUGUUAUUCAUAUAUAAAAAGGAAAAUUUGGUGGCUGGUUCUGGUUGUGUGGCCGAAGGGGCAAAGUUGCUGUGGUAUAAUGUACGUUUUCUACAUAGAGGCGAGCUACUUUUUGUAAAUAGUACAUACCACUUAAAUAAUUUUCCUCUUGAAUCAGAAAUUUGUCAAAUCCACCGUUGGAUUUUAUUUUUUCA